AUGUCAGCGCCACGUUCAUUAUCAAUCUCGGGCUGUAGGGGAAGGAGAUUAAGAAAAGAGAUCGAGCCAUCCGGAUCUGCGAAGAAGUCCCGCCAUGCUCUGUAUGUUGUUUUGGGUUUGAGUUCGCCCAAUGCUGCAUCAUCCUCGAGUACUCCUUCCCAUCGACCUCAACAAGUCCCUCAUGUUCCCACUCCUGCUAGCUCACUGGGUGAGAAUGACUUCAUGGCCAUGACUGACGAACAGAUGUGGGGCUACCAAUCACACUGCUUGAGUGUGGUAUGA